UUGUGCAGGGCGUAGAGCUUCUUGGGUAGGGGCAGUAUUUCAGCCGAGGUCAGCUGCUGCAUGUGCCAGGUCUGGGUCGCUUGGAAGGGACUGUGAUGAGAACCAAGGCCGGCUGUUGUCUGGUCCACUGUUGGAACCACUUGGGACGAGGUGCAGUGCAAGCUGAUGAUGACUGCCACUGUGGCAAGGACUCAGUAUCUUUUGAGGAUGUGGCUGUGAACUUCAGUCUGGAGGAGUGGGCUUUACUGGAGUCUUCACAGAAGAAACUCUACAGAGAUGUGAUGAGGGAAACCUUCAGGAACCUGGCCUCCAUAGGUAACAAAUGGGAAGAUCAUGACAUCGAAGAUCAGUACAAAAACCAGAAGAGAAAACGAAGAAGUCGUAUGUUGGAGAGAAUCUGUGAAGGGAAAAUGGUUAGUCAAUGUGGAGAAAACAUCAGUCUUAUUCCUGAUUUCAGUCUGAAGAAGAAAUCUUUUCCUGGAGGAACACCGUGUGAAUGCAGAAUGUUUGACAAAGCCUUCAUGGAUCAUUCAUCCCAUAGUAGUCACACCAGCUGUCACACUGGACAAAACUUCUCUGAGUAUCAGAAAUGUGGAGCGAAGCCAUAUAAAUUCAAGAGCAUCUUCAAAACAACUACAAUCUGAUUUCCAUUUUCUUAGAGGUAUAGUUUUCCAGUGAUAUCUUCACAAGAUUCACAUCAAAGAUCCAUCAGUGUGGCUUUUUCUGUAAGCUGUCUUUUGUUCACCAGUAAACUAGUUCAUCUCUUUAUGCAUGGGACUAUUGUCUGAUUAUUUUUUUCUCUAGGUUAUAUCUGUAUAAGAUCUACUUUGUAUAGGAAACAUCUUAUGCUGUUAAUAGUGCUGGAGGGUAUGUUUUGUUGAUUCCCCAUGUCAUUCACAACUGUGCAUUGAAGAAAAAGAACAUGGAGUUUGUUUCUCUACUGCAAUGUACAGUGGUUGGCUUGACCUGGUCUUUCUAUGGAACAGUAAGCACCUUCCUUCUGUCAGGAAUACUGGGUAUUUUCUCUUACUUUUAGGUGACUGUAAUCCUUCAGAAUGGUUUCAUUUAUGUUUCAGUGCAUGUAAUUAAAACUAUGUGCAUUUUCUGUCA